AUGAGUCAUAUCUAUUUACGAAGUUUUACAUCACGCGACAUGUCCUUGGUGCCAAUAGUGUUUGCAUUAAUCACAUACCUAUCUAGUGCUUGCGGUACAACCUUGGCUCCCAAGCCUGAUACUACAGUAUCAUUGAAUAUCCACGAUGCUAUGUUAAUCCCCUUGACUGAUCAUAGUAUUAAACCAUUAACGCCAACUGAAGGUCCGGCUGAUAUUACUUUAGCAACAAAGGAAAGCGUUAAAACAACAAGAGCCUACGAUGCUACAGAGAGGCCUGUAGGCCGUUUAAUGACUCAAGCAUCCCUCACAAAACGGUUGAAAAGUGCAAGAAGGCAAAAGUUAAAAACUAUUUCUAGUGCACUAGAAAGCGCAGUGGAUCCCUCUGCCCCGCUUCAAAGUCGCCUCGAGGCGAUAGAUUGUGAUUUGCCCGUUCUGCCGAGAGAAUCUCGUUUAUGGAGGGGGAAUGAAACACACGAAUUGAAUUUGCCUAUAACGGGGUGCGCAGGAGGGAGGGGUGGCGACGAGGAGUGCCCUCAGGUCAUCGUGUCUUGGGAGGGCUCCGCCGACAUACAGAGUGGAGACAUCCUUAUCGUCCGCAUCUCUGACUCUUUGUUGCUCGAUGUUCACAACGACUCCAUCGAUGCGAACUCAUCGCAGCCUGCCCACGAAAGGACACAUCACUUAGCCCUUCAGCCAGCCGUAUAUCAGGUUACUCGACAAGGACACGAGCACUGUGAUGUUUCAGAAGGAAUGUUACUUGAUAUUACUCCCUUGGAUGAGCACGCAGCGAAACUAUUCACUCUAUACGAUAAAGAUUUAACUGAAGGAGUCAAUUUAUUAAUAGUUGUAUCUGAGAAUUGGGGGUCACAAUGCGUCCGUUUGAAAGUGACCGUCAAGUCAGAUAACUGUGGCGAGUCUCAAGAUUGUUCUGGGAAAGGAGUAUGUUACACAAACAUAUCCAUGGAAGGUUACGAGUGUCAAUGCUGCCCAGGAUAUAUGGGGCCACACUGCGAAGACAGGGACGCUUGUAAUCCAUCACCAUGUUUGAAUAAUGGCAUAUGUGUCGACCUCACGCAACCUCUCAACGGAGCUAACUAUCACUGCCUAUGUCCAUACGGCUUCACAGGUAGGAAAUGCGAAAAAGAUCCAUGUUUUUCCUCACCCUGUCUUAACGGUGGGUCGUGUAUGAGCAUGGCCAUGAAUGGUUCUACUACGUUCCAUUGCGCGUGCACAGAUGAAUGGACUGGAAUGCACUGUGAGAUGCCAAGCACGGGCGGCGCCUGCGCAGACAAGCCUUGCGUUAAAGGUUUAUGCGUUGAACAAACCGAUGAAGAGGAGGGUCCGAAGUAUCGUUGCUUCUGUGAGCCUGGAUAUACUGGAGACAAAUGUGAAUUGGAAUACAAUGAAUGCGAGUCGUCUCCUUGCGCGAACGGCGGCACUUGUACUGACCGCGUGGGAGGGUUCACCUGCGCUUGUGGACGAGGCUACAAUGGACCGACUUGCCAGUUUAAGGUGGACCUGUGCUUACCAGACCCCUGUAAUGAUCACCAAUACUGCGUAGACCAUGGUAACAGCUACACAUGUGAAUGUCCCCGCGGAUUCGUUGGCGAAGAGUGCCACAUACCAGCCACAUCGAUCUGCGAUAAUAACCCUUGCGCUCAUGGUGGUACUUGUUGGAGUGGUGUGGAUUCAUUUUAUUGCUCCUGCAGACCGGGAUACACGGGCCGACUAUGUGAAGAGGACUUUAUCUUGGAGCCAGUGAUAGAUGGUGACGUAGACGUGGACUCUGAAUCACAAGGAGGAGGAUCUGUGCGAGUAAUGCGGCUGCCUCUUGGCCUGUACCAUGAUCGACUCCACAACGUCUAUAUUGCGGCUGGGACCCUCGGAGCGGCGAUUGCUAUUGUCGGAGUUGUGGUAACCGCGUGCCAUUGCCGCGUGAACAAAACAUACUCUCGCCUGUUAUCCGGAUUAUCCGCACGAGUCUCCGAAGCUGGACCUCCACACCACUGGCUCCAGGACAAACGGGAACCGAACCCCGCUCCCUUCCAACCCCCUACUUCCUUUGACACCACAGAUAUGUACUACACCCUCGAUUUCAGCGAUAAUCAGAGCUCACCCCUUAUUCAAUAG